GGCAGGUAAUCACGUAGUUAGGUAGGUAUAUGAGUAAGGCGACGGAAACGCAGAUCUAUUCAGCCGUCCAUGCGUCACCGACAGCAAGUGCGGGUAUGAAUACACGGCCAUAUGCAUGUCUCCUCUCUUACUUGCAUAUCCUCUGUAGUCACUCGCCGGUUUCUGACUAAAACAAGUCUAUCUCGACUCCAUAGAAAUACCAAGUCAUAAAGACCCUUCGUUUUGGCCGCUUAUAUUUGUUCAUUCCCAACACUAUUCAGGUCAAAUCAAUACUCUGGAGUCGGGAUACAACACGCAAAAUCCUUCACGAUGCCGGUUGUUGCCCCGGACAAGCUGGCUGCUCUGCAGCAGCACGCAGACGACAUAAGAAACAUAUGCAUCUUAGCCCAUGUCGACCACGGAAAGACCUCGUUAACUGACGGCCUUCUUGCCACAAAUGGCAUCAUCUCGCCAAAGCUGGCUGGCAAGAUCCGCUAUCUCGACUCCCGGCCCGAUGAGCAGAUCAGGGGCAUCACUAUGGAGUCCUCUGCUAUCUCCUUGUACUUCUCCAUGCUUCGAAGGACUGCUCCGGAUGCUGAACCGACGCCUAAAGAGUACCUUGUCAACUUAAUAGACUCGCCUGGCCACAUUGAUUUUAGUAGCGAGGUAUCUACCGCCUCGAGGCUAUGCGAUGGUGCCCUCGUACUCGUUGACGCUGUCGAGGGUGUCUGUAGCCAAACUGUUACCGUCCUCCGCCAGACGUGGACGGAAAAGCUGAAGCCCCUUCUCGUCAUCAACAAAAUGGACCGUCUGGUUACCGAGUUGAAAAUGACACCGGGGGAGGCAUAUAUCCACUUGAGCAAGCUCCUAGAACAAGUAAAUGCUGUUCUAGGAAGCUUCUUUCAAGGUGAGCGCAUGGAAGAGGACCUAAACUGGCGGGAGCGGAUGGACGAACGGGUAGCUGCCGCAGCAGCUAAAGAGACGAAGCUCGGAGAGAUCGAAAGCGACGCUGGAGAUUUACAAUUCGAAGAACGAGACGAUGAGGAGCUAUAUUUCGCCCCUGAGAAGAACAAUGUCAUAUUUGGUAGCGCCAUCGAUGGAUGGGCCUUCACAGUUCGGCAAUUCGCAAGCCUUUACGAGAAGAAGCUCGGUAUCAAGCGUAAUUUAAUGGAAAGAGUCUUAUGGGGAGAUUUCUACUUGGAUCCAAAAACGAAGAAAGUUCUAGGCCGGAAGCAUCUCAAGGGUCGUAACUUGAAACCCAUGUUUGUCCAGCUUGUUCUCGAACCCAUCUGGACGGUAUACCAAGCAACUGCAGGAGGCGACAAUGGAAGGGGGGACCCAACGUUAUUAGAGAAGAUCACGAAGUCGUUAAGCAUCACUAUACCUCCUCAUAUAACCAGGUCUAAAGAUUCUCGAUUGCUGCUUACAACGGUAUUUUCAUCGUGGUUACCUCUCUCGACGGCUUUGCUAGUCUCCGUCGUCGAGUCUUUACCCUCACCGAAGGCCGCCCAAGCCGAAAGACUACCGCAGAUGCUAGAAGACUCGCCUGGUUCGGCCCAUAUCGACGAUUUAGUUAAAGACGCCAUGGUGAACUUCAAAACCUCAAACUCAGACCCCAUUGUCGCGUAUAUAAGCAAGGUGGUGUCUAUACCAGAAAGCGAGCUGCCGGAGAAUAAGCGGCGAGCUGGUCAGCUCACUGCCGAAGAAGCCAGAGAGUUGGCCAGGAAAAAAAGGGCGGAAUUCGCGCGUGCACGAGCUGCGGAAGGGAACAAUGAGGUAGAUGAUCUCACUACAGCACUUGGUAAUGGCACGCUAGAGGAUAUCGUGCCCCAGCCAGAAGAGGAUAGCAUCGACCCAGAGCAUCUGAUAGGAUUCGCGCGUAUGUACUCUGGCAAUCUCUCCGUUGGCGAUGAGCUCUACGUCCUACCACCAAAGUUCUCUCCCGCAAUCCCCCACGCCGCUCCCGAGCCACACAAAAUAACUGUUACGGCCCUGUAUAUGCUGAUGGGGCGCAACUUGGAGCCGCUGACUUCCGUCCCCGCCGGUGUUGUCUUCGGAAUCGGUGGCCUUGAUGGCCACAUUCUUAAGUCGGGAACACUAUGUAGUCAGCUUGAAGGUUCUGUCAACCUAGCAGGCGUAAGAAUGACGGAUAAACCUAUAGUGCGUGUGGCUCUCGAACCGGUGAACCCGGCCGACCUAGACAGGAUGAUCGAGGGUCUCCGCCUACUUGUGCGAAGCGAUCCCUGUGCCGAAUAUGAGCAGUUUGCAACCGGGGAGCACGUAUUGCUCACCGCUGGCGAGCUGCAUCUCGAGCGGUGCCUAACCGAUCUCAAGGAGAGGUUUGCGAGGUGCGAUAUUCAGGCGGGUGCGCCCAUCGUGCCAUACAGAGAGACGAUCGUACGGGCGGACGAGAUGCGACCCCCGGCCAACAAAGACCUCGGGAGAGGAGUGAUGGUCGGUGUGACAAACUCGAGACAAGUUAGCAUUACGGUCCGAGUACGGCCACUGCCCACGAACGUCACCGAGUUUCUAAACAAGCACCCUGGAGCAAUCAAACGCCUGUACUUGGAGCGGAACGCACCUGACGUGGCCGAAGAAGGAAACGGAGACGACGCAGGAGGACAACAAAACAUAGAAGAAGACGAGGAUACGCCGCAAGGCACAUCCAUAUCCUUGGAGGAGCUGAAGAAACAGCUCCAGACCAACCUGGAGAGCGGCAAGGGGCGCGAGGGCUGGGGAGGCAUCAUCGACAAGGUAGCGGCCUUCGGGCCGCGGCGAAACGGUCCGAACCUGCUGAUUGACGCGACCAAGGAGGGCUAUUUCCCGAAAGUCUUUGCUCCGGAGGCGAGAAACGCGGAUGGCAGCAAACCGAAGCCAGACGAGGCACUGCAGGCCUCGCACCUGUGCGAUAAGAUCACGCACGCCUUCCAGCUGGCGAUGAAUCAGGGGCCGCUGUGCAAUGAGCCUGUGCAGGGCGUUGCCGUGAUCGUCGAGGACUUAACGGUCACGUCCCCGGAAGAGGAGACAUCAGCUCGCGAUAGCCUCGGCAGGCUGACAGGUGAGGUCAUCAAGACAGUGCAACAAGCUAUACGGCACGGGUUUUUGGACUGGUCACCGCGCUUGAUGUUCGCGAUGUACUCGUGCGAAAUACAAGCAAGCACUGAGGUGCUAGGGCGCGUGUACGAGGUACUGACGCGGCGGCGCGGCCGGGUGCUGUCCGAGCAGAUGCAGGAGGGGACACCGUUCUUCACGGUGCGGGCGGCGGUACCGGUGGCGGAGUCGUUCGGGUUCGCGGACGAGAUGCGGAAGCGAACGUCGGGGGCGGCACAACCACAGUUGCGGUUCGCCGGGUUCGAUGCGGGGCCCGUCGACGAGGACCCCUUCUGGACACCCUUCACCGAAGAGGACCUCGAGGAUCUUGGCGAGCUCGCCGACCGCGAGAACGUCGCCAAGAGGUACAUGGACGCCGUGCGGCGCCGCAAGGGCCUGCUCGUUGAGGGCAGGGGCGAGAGGGUCGCCGCCGAGAAGCAGAAGACGCUGAAGAGAUAGAGAAGGAGGACGGGG